UUUCGUCUAAAUGGGAUGCACAAGGCUGGAGACAUGGUUCUAGGUGGGCUGUUUCAAAUCCACUUCUUUUCUGCCUAUCCUGACUUGUCUUUUACCUCAGAGCCACAGCAUCCUACCUGCCAUGGUUUUGAUGUUUUAGGAUUCAGACAGGCCCAGACCAUGGCCUUUGCUGUUGAUGAGAUCAACAGAAACUCCAACCUGCUACCUAAUGUAACUCUGGGAUACAGCCUGUAUGAUAACUGCCUCCAACUAGGAAUUGGUUUCCGUGGGGCUCUGUCCUUAGCCAGUGGUCAAGAGGAUCAAGUGACACUGGAUGAUGCCUGUGUAGGAACCCCUCCAGUCCUAGGGAUUGUGGGUGAUUCUUCCUCUACACGUUCUAUUGCAAUCUCCACUGUCUUAGGCUUGUACAGAGUGCCUAUGGUGAGUUAUUUUGCCACAUGUUCCUGUCUGAGUGACCGGCAAAAGUUUCCAUCCUUCUUCAGGACGAUCCCGAGUGAUGCUUUCCAGGUGCGUGCUAUGAUUCAGAUUCUUAAACGCUUUGGCUGGACUUGGGCCGGUCUGCUCAUCAGUGAUGAUGAUUAUGGAGUCCAUGCUGCCAGAUCCUUCCAAAGUGACCUGGCACCAUCUGGUGGAGGUUGUCUGGCCUACACAGAGAUUCUGCCCUGGGGCGACAACCCAGAUGAACUAAGGAGAAUAGUGGAUGUGAUGAAGGAAUCCACAGCUCAUGUGGUCAUUGUGUUUGCACAUGAGAGUCACAUGAUUAACCUCAUGGAAGAGGUCGUGAGGCAGAACGUGACAGGCCUGCAGUGGAUGGCCAGUGAAGCCUGGACAUCAGCUGCUGUGCUGCAGACCCCCGACCUCAUGCCGUACCUGGGUGGAACACUGGGCAUUGCCAUCCGUCGAGGAGAAAUAUCAGGACUAAAGGAUUUUCUGAUACAAUUACGUCCUGAGCUCCACUAUAACAACAGCUAUGGGAAUAGUGUGGUAAAUCAGUUUUGGGAAUACACGUUUCAGUGUAGAUUUGCACCACCUCCAGCAGGUUGGAUGGAAGCUGGAGGAACGUUAUGCACUGGACAGGAAAAGCUGGAGAAUGUGGAGACUGAGUUCUUGGACAUUUCAAACCUCAGGCCAGAGUAUAAUGUGUAUAAGGCUGUGUAUGCUCUGGCUUAUGCCCUUCACGACAUGCAGCAGUGUGAGCCAGGGAGAGGACCUUUCAGUGGGCACGGCUGUGGGAAUUUGCAAAGACUGGAGCCAUGGCAGCUUGUGUAUUACUUGGGAAGAAUCAACUUCACCACACCAUUUGGUGAUCAAGUGUCAUUUGAUGAGAACGGUGAUGCCUUACCAAUAUAUGACAUCAUGAACUGGCUGUGGCUCCCUGAUGGAAGAACUGAAGUUCAGAAUGUGGGAGAAGUUAAGAAGUCCGCCUCCAAAGGUGAAGAACUCACACUUGAUGAAAACAAAAUCUUCUGGAACUUUGGAUCCAAACAGCCACCUCGGUCAGUGUGCAGUGAGAGCUGUCCUCCAGGUACACGCAUGGCCAGAAAGAAGGGGGAAGCCGAAUGUUGUUUUGACUGUAUCCCUUGUUCUGAGGGGGAAAUCAGCAACAGCACUGACUCCAUGGAGUGCACCAAUUGUCCAGAGGACUUCUGGUCCAGCCCCCAGCGUGACCACUGUGUUGCUAAGAAAACAGAGUUCCUCUCCUACCACGAGCCUCUGGGUAUCUGCUUGACAGCCACCGCAUUGCUGGGAACAUUUAUCUGUGCUACUGUCCUGGUCAUCUUCAUCUGUCAUCGCCAAACACCAGUAGUCCGUGCCAACAAUUCUGAACUCAGUUUCCAGCUGUUGCUGUCACUUAAGUUCUGUUUCCUGUGUUCACUGCUGUUCAUCGGCCGCCCCAGACCAUGGACAUGCCAGUUGAGACAUGUAGCGUUUGGCAUCAGCUUUGUGCUUUGUAUCUCGUGUAUCCUGGUGAAAACCAUGGUGGUUCUGGCAGUGUUCAGGGCCUCCAAGCCAGGAGGUGAAGCCAGUCUGAAGUGGUUUGGUUCUGUGCAGCAGAGAGGGACAGUUCUGGUUCUGACUUCUGUUCAAGCAGCAAUCUGCACCGCCUGGCUCGUCUCUGCUUCACCAGCUCCUCACAAAAACACUCAAUACCACAGUGACAAGAUAGUUUAUGAGUGUGUAGUUGGAUCCACGGUUGCUUUUGCAGUGUUACUUGGCUAUAUUGGUUUACUGGCUGUGCUCAGUUUUUUGUUAGCUUUUUUUGCAAGAAAUCUUCCAGACAGUUUCAAUGAGGCCAAACUCAUAACUUUCAGCAUGCUAAUAUUCUGUGCAGUGUGGGUGGCCUUUGUCCCUGCGUAUAUAAGCUCACCAGGCAAAUUUGCAGAUGUGGUGGAGGUAUUUGCCAUCCUGGCCUCCAGUUUUGGCCUCUUGGUGGCACUGUUUGGACCCAAGUGUUACAUAAUCCUGUUGAGACCAGAGAGGAACACGAAGAAAGCCAUCAUGGGUCGAGGAAUGGAGUCAUAA